AUGCAGUUCCUUUCCACAAUUUUGUCCCUCGGCUUUGUCGCCUCUGCAUUCGCUCAGACUUUAAUCAUCUCCCCUGCGGACGGUAGUUCCGUCAGAGCCGGUCAGACAGUUAAUGUGACUGUGCAAGAGGACAUUUCCUCUGCACCCACCACCGACGUCUCAAUAGUUAUUGGCAUAUCCAAGUCUUCUGAUUCUCACACAGCAUUGGAGCAGAUUUUGUACGCUGGCACAUUUGCCCCGACAGAAAACAUACCGGGUCGGACGACAAAGUUCGAGAGCUUCAGCCUGCAGGUACCAGAGCAGUUCAGCGGAGAAGAGGUCGCGAUAGGUGCUACACGGUUCUUUUUGUCGGAGGGAGCGGCCGGAUGGUUCCCCGUUCUCCAGUCCGUCGACAUCACUCUCAAUGUCAACUAA